CCCCGCCCAUCAGAGCAUCUUUUAAAGGUGCCGGCACUCGGGGGGCCACUGCUCCAGGACUCCUCGCUCACUUCCACUUACUCUGCUUGGCUAGCUAGCCCUGUCCGCGGUGCGUGGUCCUGCCUCUGGCUCAAAAUGCCCGUCUGGGGAGGUGGAAACAAAUGUGGGGCCUGCGGGCGGACCGUGUACCACGCGGAAGAGGUGCAAUGUGAUGGCAGGAGCUUCCACCGCUGCUGCUUCCUGUGCAUGGUUUGCAGGAAAAAUUUAGAUAGCACAACAGUGGCUAUUCAUGAUGAAGAGAUCUACUGCAAAUCCUGCUACGGAAAGAAGUAUGGGCCAAAAGGCUACGGCUACGGCCAGGGCGCCGGCACACUCAAUAUGGAUCGGGGUGAGAGGCUGGGCAUCAAGCCGGAGAGUGUUCAGCCACACAGGCCUACAACAAAUCCAAACACUUCUAAGUUUGCUCAGAAAUAUGGAGGUGCCGAGAAGUGUUCCAGGUGUGGGGACUCCGUGUAUGCUGCCGAGAAGAUCAUUGGGGCAGGAAAGCCCUGGCACAAGAACUGUUUCCGAUGUGCCAAGUGUGGAAAGAGUCUCGAAUCCACAACUCUGACUGAGAAAGAAGGUGAAAUCUAUUGUAAAGGAUGCUAUGCAAAGAACUUUGGGCCCAAGGGAUUUGGCUAUGGCCAAGGAGCAGGAGCCCUUGUUCACGCUCAGUAAAGGUGUCAACCCAGAGCCAAAAUCGCACACUGAGUCUCUACAUAAUCUAGGCACAGAUAAUCUAACACUAAACUACUGUGAAAUUCUACGGAUGUUGCCCGGUACUUGGAUAGGCUGGCUGCCUAGUAGGAAGAGAGCACUGUAUCCUUUUGCUUUAUCCAUCAUCAUUUUCGAGAACCAUUUAUUUUACAUUUUAAAUAAAAGUUCAGCUUGAUUUGGGA